GAACAGUUUAGGUUUUUUCUUCGCCUACGAGAUAACAUGAAGCCUGUGAUCAUUGAUUCUAGCUCAUUAGCAGCAGAAGCGCAGACAGGUUACUUACUAUCGAAAGUCUUUGACUGUCCGCUUUGGUGUUGAAAUGACAAGUAGUGCACUCUAGUAUAUGGCAAUCUUGUAGAGAGUAAGCAAUGGAUUCCCAGCUACUUGGGACAUGGGAGGUUGUUUCAUGCACUCCUCGCCAGACUGGACUGGUGGAAAACACUGGUGUUGAUGGGACCCGCUUUUGCCUGGAUGAGAGUGGUGAUGUUACGUGGACAGUUCCGGAUGACGCUGAGGCUAUACCUCUGUUUAACUGUGAAACAUAUGAAGUUUAUAAUUCACCUCCCAUGGGCGUUGUGAUAAGAUUCGGAGCGUAUGCGGGUCACGUCAUUGAGUUUCGGGUAGACCAUCCUGAUGGUCAGGAUACAAUGGUGCUGACUUGUGAUGCUUGGUGCAUGCUGCGGUGCAAACGUGUGGUGGAAUCUGACCCUGACCCACCUGGAGAUGCUCCAUUCUCAUUGUUACCAGCUCUUGAGGAUGGCUAUUUUUCUGAUGUCUCCAUCACUGCCAGUAAUGGUCGCAUCUUUGCGGCACAUUCGUGUGUGCUCAAUUUGUCUGCUCCUGGGGUGGAUUGGGGGCGUCAAUUGGCUGGUCUUCCAGAGGAUGUAUUGGGCACUGUGCUACACUAUCUGUAUUCAGAGUGCCUCCCAGCGAAUCUGGCAGAGGGCACUGCACGCCAGUGUGCUGUCGCCACCCAUGCUCUGCCAGGCCUGCAACCUCUCGCUCGUCUCUGCGAACUCUACCUCAAGAACAUGGCACUCAAGCAGCAAAUAAUUGGCCUAGUUUCCGACAUGCAUGCCAGUGCCAGUCAAAUCAUCGAACAUUUCAGCGCCAAAUCCUCCACAGGCGAGCAUUCUGCAGAUAGCCUUAAUUCUAAUCCGGCCAAAUUAUGUUUUGUUGUGAAGCAAUCUGUGAGAGAAGCUGCCGUAGCUGGUGCAAAAUUGUUGUUGCUUUGUGAUCUUUUCACAAAGCGCAAGGCUGAACUCUCACGUGAGGAACGGCAUGAAAUCAUCCGCUAUGCGAAGUCGCGGUUACCGGUUUUCAUGAGCCAGCUGCAACGUUUCCUGCAAGGUGUAAAAUCAACUUUCAGCAGUAUGUCACCCAGCCAGCGACAGGAAGUCGCUACUUAUCUUGUGCCUGAGAUUGAAACUAUUUUGGAUACUGUUUCUACACUAGUAGUACAAGUGAAAUCAGCCCUGGAACAUAUUAUAACUGUUCUUUCUCCAUCAGAAAACCCAAAAAGUCAGAAGGAAAAAGUUGGUGAAGUACUCACUAAAUCUUUGAAAAAUGUUUUGUACAGAAGAGAACUUAGCAAACUGAGAAAUUUUCAUCAGAGAAUAACUUUCAGUUUAGUUCAUCUUCUACAAAAGAAGGAGAGUUUCAAUGAAAUGACUAGUGCCAACAAAGUACGAUCUGUGGCUCGCAACCUGGAGCAGUUAAUAGAGGAACUGCCUAUAUUUCUUAUGAGGCUGGAAGAAGUAACGGCUGCCCUUGAUGAUAGAUUGGAAUGGCAUGAAUUCAAAUUUUGCUUUAAAGUUGGAACUUCCAAAGUGUCGGGGAUCCUGCAGCAGUUACUGACACAUCGUGAGACUUUGCAAGAAGUUAUGGUUCAGCUAUGUGACUUAGUGCAAAGGGAAGCAUUCACGAGAUCACUCUUCGCCCUUGAGCUCCUUGAUCCAGCUCAUUAUUCAGCAGAUCAUCAUAGUCAUCCAAGUGGGCAUUUUCACUCUACUCCCAAACAGCAUGGGUACAAGCUAAAUCUUGUGGAGUCAUUGUGUAUACCACCACUUUCUCGAAACAGUAGACUGUCUAAGGCUGCCGUCCAGUUACUGAGAUCGGGUCAGGACACUGACAUGGUCUUUGAAGUUGUCUCCUCUCCAGAUGCUCCAGAUUGUGUGAUAGAUCACACAGCUAGUCAGACAAAGCAGACUGCAGCUGAGGAGGGUAAUGAAACUUCAAGACAUGGUGGCAAGGAGAGGAGCAGGUCUGAAGAAGCACAACAAUCACCUUCCAGCGAGCCACAGCUACAGUUAUCCCAGCCACAGCCGCAGCCACAGCCCGAACCUCAACAGUUAGAAGAACAGCCUGAGGAAGCGGCCAGUGUGAGGGCACACAGAGUUAUAGUUGCUGCUCGAUGUGACUGGUUUCGUCGGGCUCUCUUGUCUGGGAUGAGAGAAGCAAUUGAUAGGAAAAUAGUGGUUCAUGAUACAAAUCCAUUCCUUUUCUCAACAUUUCUUCACUACCUGUACAGUGGACAGUUGCGUACCCGAGAGCUGACUGCUGAUCAGUUAGCUGACCUUAUGCUUCUCAGUGAUCGAUAUGAGGUUGACUCAUUGAAACAAGCAUGCGAACAGGGAUUAAGAAGACACAUUGAUGAAGAUUCAGUGCUUUAUUUCCUGAGUAUGAGUGACCAAAUUAAUGCAAAAACUCUUCGGAGUGCCUGUUUAAACUUCAUCUCCUUGAAUCCUGACAUUAUGGAUAGUGAAUUAUUUGAAGAGCUGCCUCAAAACCUGCAGGCUGAGAUCUAUGAUCUAGUCAUAUGGGCUAAACCCAGGAAAUCACAAACAACUGAGAAGUUACUGCUUUUCCCACAUUGUCCUAGUCCUGAGACACCAACAUCUGUAUCAUCCAGUCUGGCUGAUAUAGAAGAAAUGGCUUCCAACAUUCAUAUUAACAGUCGUGAGGUAGAAGCAUCUGAUAGCAGUUCACUGGAGGAUCUUCCACUAACACAAGACUCUGCCCGUUUAGAAAGCUGCAUUGUGCAGCUGAGGGACAUAGUUGGUGAACAGGCAUCGCGUGAAGAACUUGUUCAGUUGGCGCUUGCUGCUGAUUAUGACAUCAACCGGGCUGCAAACUUCUACUAUUCAUCCUGAAGGUGGCAUCGAGGUCGCCCCUCUGUGAGGCGCACCUAAGGCAGUACUUAGCAGUUGCUAUUGUCACUGGUUGUUGCUGUGAAGAAUACUUCAUGCAGAACAGAACCUGCCUGCCAUCUUGGCUGUGAACUGGAGUGGAGCAAUCGAAAUCAGACGUCACGUUCCACAACAGUGGCUCUCAAAAUGCACUUCAAAGCCUUACCAGUUGUGACAUUUCCCUUAAAGUAUCUUCUUUGAAUGGCGAUGUCGUGCUUCGAAAGAAUGGGUUUCUUGUGAUUCUGCUGUAUUGUUACUGAAAUGAGAUGGAAUGGAAAUAGUGUUAAAGUAUCUGCUUUCAUGAAUACAGGCAGGCUUGAAGUUUGCAUAUUUUCCUGGUUAAGUUGGAGAUGCUGGUUGCCAUGAAAUGGUUUUUUAGCAGUUCAGUGGGCUGUUGGUAUCCAGAAAAUGAGGGCUUGCUCUGGGUGCCAGUGACAGGAUUUUUGCCAUUCAUUGUGACAUACUACGGAGUUCUCAUUUUGUUAAGAGGAAUUAUUUCUUAAGAACUGCAGUUUUUGUCUGGCUAGUCUCAAGCAUUUCUGAUAUGGAAGUGCACAGUAUUUUUAAAUUUUAUCAAGGUAUAAUAUUCUAAGCACUAUUUUUGCCAUAAUUCUUUAAGACUUUUGUCUGUCAUAAUAUAAAAUUUUGUGACUUUUUAGAAACUGUGCAAGAUUGUUCAGUGCAUGGUUAUGAUAAAUGGUCAUUAAGUUUAUUUACAUUUUAUGCAAUGAAAAUAUUUUAUUUAGUGACAUCACCUCAUUUUAUUUUAUGAAAGUAUUUUUAGAGGCAGAACUGUUUUAACACGUAACCAUAUUGUAAAUAUUUUCAUUGUGUACUGAACCCAGAAACCAUCUCAGACACACUAAUCAAUGUGACAAUCUGUCCAUUACUGAAAUGUGAGAUGUAAAAUUGUAUAAGUAAAUUGUUAUGUUAUGUAGAUGUCCUACACAUUUCAGUCUUUGCUUUUGAGAAAAUUCAGGAAAUUUUGCCAGUUUUGCAGAUUUGAGUGCCUUACUACAACAGAAAUGCUUUAAAAUCCUUUGAAUAUACUUAAUUUAACUCCAGCGCCAAUUUUCACUCAGUGUGUUAAUAUUCAUGUAUCUGGAAAACACUUUAAAUGUUUCUGGAAAUAAAUUUUUUCUCAUGUAAGCUAUGUUCUUUAGUGCAGAAAAGUUACUUGUAUUGCACUGUUAGCUCUGAGUAAAUUUCAUCAUCGACUACCAAAAAAGACUUCUUGUUCCUUACUGAUUUUUAAAAAAUUUUUGUAGAGCAUUUUAUAUAGUUGACUGUAUCUUGUUGAAAUCCAUAAGCAGAUUAAUAACAGUGCUGAGCAUAGUUCUAAUAAUAGUAGGGCAUAAUGUCACUGGGAAAUAUUAUACACUUCAUAGCAAAUAGAGAGAGAGAAAAAAUAAUAUAAAAGUUGUAUUGCCUUUCAUCUGUUUUUUUCAAAGUCUCUCUAGACACAAAGAAGAAUUUUCUGAUGUUACCUCAUUGUGGAGUUUUAUUCCCCCAUAGUCUUGAGAAUUUGUUGCGUUGACAUCUUUAUUCUAUAGACUUCAGUUAUGAGAAAAACCCACUGCAUUUUUUGAUGAUGGACGUCGUACCAGUACUCUGGUACUCUGUGCAAUGUAACUAGUCAUUUCCGGCAUUGAAGGUAUUGUGUAAAGUAUGUGCCACUAAUAUGCACCCGAUUAAUUGCUUUGAUAGAGUUGUUGAAAGUUUUGUUGAUAUUGAUAAAUCUCUCAUUUUUUUUUUUAUUUACUUGCAUGUUCUUGACACAAUCACCAUUGAAUUAGUUGAUGAUUUCUUUAGUUUACAUCAGUAUUGCCCCUUCCCUCUCUCCCUCUCCUCCUCCCUCUCCCUCCUCCCUCUUCCUGUGUCACACACACACACACACACACACACACACACACACACACACAAUGAUAAACGUUCUUGUUUCAACAGCUGUUAGUGAUUUCAUAAGACUGUUAAACGUGUGUCUGGGAUGGUUAGAUGUGGUAAUUGCUGUAUUCUCUUUGGUAAAUGUCAUUAUGUAAUCAUUGUGGAGAACUAUGAAAUUAAUAAUAGAAAGUACAGCUAUUUUCUUCACUUAACCUUUAUUAAUUUCACUUUAGAACUACAAACUAUGAUGAACUGCAUAAGCAUGAUAAUUUUAUUAUCACCUUUAAAAAGUCUUCAUGUCAGAAAGCAAUGGCCAUGUAAUAACUAUUUUUACUAACAGUAUUUGUGUCAUAUCUUCACAUUUAUUUGUAGCAGCCCACAUUCUUUAAUACAGUCAAUAUUGUUUUUACUUUUGUAGAUUUGUACAUAGAAAAGUAAAGAAAUUUUUUCACAGUUUCUAAUUGAUAUAGACGUAAGUGAUAGACUGUAAGGUUACAAUCAUGAAUACUUCAAUGCCAAAUGUAAUGUGAAUUAUGUUAUGUAUUAUAUGUUUUACUGAAAUUGUUACGUUCAUAGGUGAAAUUGGCACAAAACAGUUGACAGUGUGGAACACAUAGCUAUUUAAUCUAUUCACUGUCCCAAAAAAAGUAAGUUACCUUUCCAUUUAGAAUUUGCGCACUGCGUAUUUGUCAUCUUUCCUUAUCCACUUCUCAUCCAUUGUUGUCCCUUCUCAACUUCCAUUCCAUUUGUAUUUAAUCUAUACCUUUCUUAUAUUUCCUCCCCCCCUCCCCCCACUCCUCUCUCUCUCUCUCUCUCUCUCUCUCUCUCUCUCUCUCUCUCUCUCUCUCUCUCUCUCUCUCUCUCUCGAUGCCCAAUUUCACAUAUGCAACCGUAUUUCAGUAUUUUUUCAGAAUGCAGUUUUGUAACAAUACAAUAAUUGUAUUCCUUCCAAUAUGCUUGAAACUCGUGUGUGUGUGUGUGUGUGUGUGUGUGUGUGUGUGUGUGUGUGUGUGUGUGUAGCUGACUAUAUUUUCUAUUUGUAAUAUGAUGAUGAAUACAGUUGCAAAUCAAAACAAAAAAAUUAAAAAUGAGUAUAGAGAUUGGAUAAAUGAGUGAGACAUUACACUAGAUGGAGAUUAGUGUUAUCUUAUGUUUUUAAAAAUCGGACAUCUGUGCCAGAAAGUAUACAAAUGGAGAACAUAGGGAGUGAACUAGCAUGCAAAAAUUUACCGGAUGGGAAUUGGAAGAAAACAUUUCCAUCGAACAGGACAGAUCACAACUGUUAAUUACAAGUUUGAAGAGUACACAGAAAAUGCCCUGAAAUUAUAUAAAUCUGACUUGGAAGAAACUUGGAAUCGGCAGCUAUCCAUUAUAGAGUAACAUUUGUAGACAGUUAACUACAUAGGUACAUUAACUGAGUUUGGUGUAAGUACUGACUUUUUUACUCAUUUAGAAGUUGGGGUUAAUAUCUUUAUUGAAGUGUAAUACUUUUUUCUGUAAGUAACUGUUCCCUUGUCCUCCCACAAAGCCUUAUUCCAUGGAGACAACUAUGUGAUAUAUGAAGAAAGGCUUACAUACCAAAACACAGUACCAUUGAAACUUUUUGAUCACCACCAUUUCAUAAAAAUUGCUAAUAUUAUUAUUGUGAUCAUUUUAAAAGAGGACAGAACAAUUUCUGAAAAUGUGAAUAAUGGUCAUUUAAGUCUUUCCACAUUCCGAUGGCCUUGGAAGACAAAUGCUAUUUACUCCCCAUGUGGAAAAAUGUGACUUUACAUGCCCUUCAUUUCCAAGUUCUCCAUUUGUCACUUUUGAAGUGAUGGAAAACUUUAAAUAGUUGUGUAAUGUGUUUAUCUACUGUAUCAUGAGUUGGCACAUCACUUCACUUCUUAGAGGAUGUCAUUCACUUAUUUACUUGUUUCUCGGCAAGAUAAACUGAAUAAAUCUGUUUCUCUAUAGGAAAAAGUUACAGAAAGUGACAUCAUUUGUGUUGUUAAUAGUAUUAUGAAGCUUAGUUCCUAGAAACAGCUGACUUAAAAAAUGUCUUCUUCUUUCUGUCUGUGCCUUCUUUAUUUCUAAAUGGAAAAAUGAAAAAGUAGACUGAUAAUUAUACAUGGAAAACAGUUGUUUCAGAUAUAAUACCACAAGUGAGCUGUGGCAUGUUUAGUUAAUGUAAGAGCCAUUUUUCUGCAUUUAGCAGUUGUAUUAGUAAUACAGUUUGAGCCUUCAGCUUCGGAGUCAGAUAUUGAUAUGUGGCAUAGAAAAAAAAGCGAGUGGAUCAUUUUCUUAUUUACUGUGUUGUUUUCUGUCACUCUUUAAAGAUUUGGUUUGUGUAAAUUUCACUUGCUGGCACCAGUGCCUUCACUUUUAUAAAUUUUGCCCCCUUAAAAUUUGCUUAAUUUUUUGUUAUUUUGGUGAUAGUAAUGUGAUUAGAAGAAGUCAUAUUUCAUUUGUUGUGAAAUAUAAAAGAAGUAAACUGACAUGUACAAUAGAUUCUGCACAAUUUUAUUAGUAGCAAUUUAGAUUGAGAAAUAACUUUGAUUUGUAGACUAACCUUGGACUAAAAUCUCUCAUUUCUUGAGAGACAGGUGUUUAACAUUUGUGUUCAGUAUUACUUUAUCUUUUUAUGAGGAAUUAAAUUCUGAGGCAUCAUUGUAAUUCCUCUUUCUUCGGCCAUUCAUUCUAAUAAUCUAGUCAGAAUAAAAUCUUUGAUUAUAACUAAUAUAAAAAUGUAAUAAUUAAAAUUAAGACAGUGAUGGAAACCAUAGUGAUUGUUGUGUACAGAAUGUUGAAACUGGAAGAAGUCGUAAACAAACUAUCCUAUAUUUCGUACAAAUAAAAAAGUGAUUGCCAGAAGAAUCACUUGAACUUGAAUCUUAACAGCCAAGUCUGUUUGAAGAAAACACAAUGUGGUUGCAUGUGUUAAUGCAAUAGCUCGGAAGAACUUUGUUGCCACUGUGAUGAGUUCAUUUGUUUGUUGAGGGAGAGAGAUCUCCAUAUGUUAGUGUGUAAACGUGUACUGUAUGUCUCUUGUUAUGAAUACAUGGUCAGAUUUUAAGUUACAAUAUACAUUUAAACAAAA